AUGCGUGCCGUUUUGAUCCUGUGCUCCGUCAUCUCAGCAACCUAUGCGGCCAGUCUGGGCUACAACUAUGAGAGCAACAACGGCCCAUCGCUCGGUGGCGGUCUAAGUGGUGGCCAAGUGGGGGGUCCGAGCUAUGGUGGUUUAGCUGCCGCCGGUCCAAGCUACAGUGGCCCCGCCACCUUCGGUCCCAGCUAUAGCGGCCCUUCCUCAUCAGGACCAAGCUACAAUGCCCCAGCCGAGUUUAACAAAGAAUAUUUCACCUAUACCGCACCUGAACAUGAAUUUGACGAUGCUGGUAAUAAUGAUCAGUUGGCUAACUCACUAAAGAAGAAUUUGCGUGUCAUCUUCAUCAAGGGACCUGAAAACACAGGACUCGAG